AAAAUUUGUAUAUAAACUGCGGAAAGUCUGUGACUUAUUCAGUAUCGAGUUCUGACUUCAAUCAGUAAACCUUCCAGCUUAACCUGCAAUCUGCAAAGAAUACCCUACGCUAUACUUAAAAUGGCCAAAUUCAUUGUUGCCUUCCUUGUCGCCAUCGCCAUCGUAGCAACAUUGGCACACCCUGCCGAAGAAAAGAAAGAGACGCUCCAAGCUGAAAAUUCGUUUGGUCUUGGAUAUGGCCUAUAUGGUGGUGGCCUAGGGCUUGGUCUUGGGGGUCUUGGUGGUUUCGGCGGACUUGGAUAUGGGGGUUACGGAGGCUACGGUGGUUACGGCUUGGGUGGUCUGGGGUUUGGCAGACGUUAAAACUCCUUAAUUCCUUCCUUUUGUACCCGAAAUAAUUUUUAGCUCAAAAUUAUCUUUAUUUAUCCGACUUGAGUAUUUAUAUACAGUUCAGUGACAAAUUGCACUUUACAAACAUUGGCUUAAACACAUUACAAAUUUCAAAAAUCAGAGAAUAAAACCAAAUUAUUUUUCCAUUCAGCAAAAAAUA